UUAUUAUCUUUGCAAAAAUUUGACUUAUGCUAAAAAGGAUAAGUUUAUAAAUGAAGGCACAAUUCCAUUCAAUAUUGUUAUUUGUGAUGGUGACUUUGGAUCAUUGUUGUGUUGUGCAUUCAAUGGUGGUGACAAUGGUGAUGUUGAAAGUUUACAACUGAUAAUCAAUGACUUGCAAAGAAAUGCUAAUCAAAAAGCUUUUACAUUUAUUUUUGUUGUUAUUUUAUUAUUUACAAGAGGAUUAGUAUUGGAUCCAAGAGAAGAAAAUAUCAAUGAUAAUCCCAGUGAAGAAAAGAUGAAUAUAAGAUCUUAG